AUGGAAUCCCCGUUUCAGGCUGCCCGCAGAGUUCCGAGCAGCGCAGGUUUGGCGGUUCUGCGCUUUGAUGCAGAAGCCCGAUCAGGGAUCCAGAAGAAAGAAGUCCAAGCAGAAGCCGAUCAGGGAUCCAGAAGCGAGAAGUCCAAGCAGAAGCCCGAUCAGGGAUCCAGAAGCGAGAAGUCCAAGCAGAAGCGAUCCAGAAGAAAGAAGUCCACGCAGAAGCCGAUGAGAGAUCCAGAAGCGAGAAGUCCAAGCAGAAGCGAUCCAGAAGAAAGAAGUCCAAGCAGAAGCCGAUCAGGGAUCCAGAAGCGAGAAGUCCAAGCAGAAGCCCGAUCAGGGAUCCAGAAGCGAGAAGUCCAAGCAGAAGCCCGAUCAGGGACCCAGAAGCGAGAAGUCCAAGCAGAAGCGAUCCAGAAGAAAGAAGUCCAAGCAGAAGACGAUCAGGGAUCCAGAAGCGAGAAGUCCAAGCAGAAGCACGAUCAGAGAUCCAGAAGAAAGAUGUCCAAGCAGAAGCCCGAUCAGGGACCCAGAAGCGACAAGUCCAAGCAGAAGCCCGAUCAGGGAUCCAGAAGCGAGAAGUCCAAGCAGAAGCCCGAUCAGGAACCUAGAAGCGAGAAGUCCAAGCAGAAGCCCGAUCAGGGAUCCAGAAGCGAGAAGUCCAAGCAGAAGCCCGAUCAGGGAUCCAGAAGCGAGAAGUCCAAGCAGAAGCCCGAUCAGGGAUCCAGAAGCGAGAAGUCCAAGCAGAAGCCCGAUCAGGGACCCAGAAGCGAGAAGUCCAAGCAGAAGCCCGAUCAGGGAUCCAGAAGCGAGAAGUCCAAGCAGAAGCCCGAUCAGGGAUCCAGAAGCAAGAAGACCGAGCAGAAGCAGCGCAAACGGAGCGGAGUCCAUGUCCAGGACGUCAGCAAAGAUCAAUACGACCAGCUGAAUAAGGACGUGCAAAUGUUCGUGUCCUACGAAGAGCUGGACGAAGAUGCAUAUCGCAAAUAUGCGGAUGACAUAUUACCGAAACGAGUUCCGCACGAGAUCGAUUUCGAGACGACGGUCGCGAAUCUGGAGAAGCUUUUCGCGUCAAAGAAGACGCUGAUUCGAUGA